AUGGCACACGGGGUCUAUGCAGAGCUGGUUGGCUACCGUGAAACCUCCAUUAAAGGCCAGUCCUUUUUCCUGGAGUUCACUGCAGCCACCCAGCUCCGUGCAGAGCGCAAGAAAUGGUAUUUUCAUCCCCAUAAUAUGCACGAGCAGUGCCCUGAUCACUCCAUCCCUUCACCCUCUCCGUGCUCGGGGAAGUCCCGUGGGAGCCGGGUUCAAACACCGCCGCCUCCCGCUGUCCGCCCAGAGCGGGAACAUCUCAGAGGCUUCUGCCGGGCAGCGAACAGCCACACCAGUCCCCAAAAUUCACAAGCGGCAGGGGAGGUGGGGCCUGGGGAAGGCUUGCUUGCCCAGAAAUAUUGCAAGCCGGGGACAAGCAGGAAUAUCCCUGUAGCGGAGGAGGAGGACAGAGAAGGAGAAGGCAAGUUGCCUUGCAGGCGAGCGUCGCAUCUGUCCAAGGCGCAGGGUCGUCGCGCCGCCGGCCGCAAGAAGAAGACGCGCACCGUCUUCAGCCGCAGCCAGGUCUUCCAGCUGGAGUCCACCUUCGACGUGAAGCGCUACCUGAGCAGCUCGGAGCGCGCCGGCCUGGCCGCCUCGCUGCACCUCACCGAGACCCAGGUGAAGAUCUGGUUCCAGAACCGCCGCAACAAGUGGAAAAGACAGCUGGCCGCCGACCUGGAGGCGGCCAACAUCUCCCACUCGGCCCAAAGGAUAGUGAGGGUCCCCAUCCUGUACCACGAGAACUCUCCGGCGAGCGCCCUGGGCUUCGCCUUGCCUCACAUGUCGCCCCCCUUGGUGGGCUUUUCUAACGCUGUCAGUUACCCCCUGGGCAGCUUCCCCGCCGCCUCCCUCCCCUUCCUACGGUCGCAGAUGACAGGACUCGUUUGA